AUGCCAAACCUUUCUGUGACAACGGGUAUGGAGUGUGCAGAGAAUUCUGCCAUAGCAUGGAGCGUGAGAUUCAUGAUGAUUGUGGUCACACCGCUUGCAAGUGUUGCACAACACGCUUAGCGAGUUGCACUACCCUUAAUAAUACUCGCGUAGUCUGCACUAACAACUGUACCUUCUAUCAGCGUUCUCUGGGCACCUGCACGGAAAACUGCACAACCUAUGAUGACAAUGUCGGUACCUGUGUGGACUACAGAAUGUGUACAAAUCCUUUGGAACAACAGUGUUGUGUAGAGCCUGGCUGUGUGUGUUGUGACAGGUGCAGUGCCCAGCCAUUUUGUGAUGAUGGUUAUGGAGUGUGCAGGGAAAGAUGUGGCAGAGAGGAGCGUCAUUUACACAGGGGCUGCAAGGAAAGUGGUUGCAAGUGUUGCACCUCACGUCUAGCAACAUGUAGAAACGUUGCAAGUUGUCCUGGGGAGUGCAGGGACCGUAGAUUAUGCUUCCAACCUAUAGCAAAUUACACAUGUGAUGGACCUGACUGUAUGUGUUGCGACACAUGUAGCGAGGAAAGUUCUGUGACAACGGCUAUGGAAGAUGCAGACUGUCUUGCCUUCCCUCGGAGCGUGUAGUGAGUGGCUGCGUGAACCACGGUUGUGUGUGUUGCACCUCAAGUCUGGUUACCUGCAACGUUUCUCUUGCGGAUCCUGCCAUUUGCAUUGACAGUCGACUGUGCAAUACCACUUACCAAACAAGCGACAACGCGAAUUGUCUUAGUAUCACAGGAUGCACGAGCUG